AUGCGGCGGUGUCGGGGCGCGGGGCUGGCGGCGCUGGCCGCGCUGCUGCUCGUCCUCUGGAAACUGUUUUGCUCCUCAUCUCUUCGUGUUCCUGACUGCUUCUGCGGGCUUUGUUCUGGGGAUUGGCAGGCAGAGCUGGGUAUAAAGUCGGAGUUGAAAUUUGUUCCUUUUGUCUCCCUGGCAGUGGCUGCGGUCAGAGGCCAAGUGCAGCAGGAGCCAUUCCUGGAAGCCGUCGAGGGCACCAGCAUCAGCAUCAAGUGCUCACACCCCAAUAUCAAAACUGGCGAUUUCAUCCACUUCUACCGUCAGCUGCCGGGCCAAAGGCCCGAACUUCUUGCAGUCAGUGCUAAAGCAGCCAAGGAGGUGCGAGUCCCUAUAGGGCGCAUGACGGUGUCGGCAGACCGGCGUUCGAGCGCGCUGUGGCUCGCUGGGCCCCGGCGCGGGGACGCGGCCGUGUAUUACUGCGCGCUGGGGACACGGCCAGAGCAGCCGGGGCUGCGGCCGGGCACGAACCGGCGCGGGCGGGGCCAGCAGGGGGCGCUGCCGCUCCGCCCGCCGGGCUCCUUGGGCUCUGCCGGCACCAGGACCGACACCGGCACCGUCUAUGGUACCAUGACCGACACCGGCACCGGCAUUGACCUGACACAAACACCGGCACCGAUAACUGCAAUGGGACGCGCACCGACACCGGCACAGUCAUUGGAAGCCACAGUCUGGAGUCACUGA